GUUUGAAUAUGCCACACGUGUACAUGAUCGGCAUAUCAUAGGAAGUCCCUAGUCAAGCCUUUCUUGCUGGAUCGUAGGCCUUGCUAGACCCUACCUUUCCUUGUGUCAUAUAAGAAAGGAAGACCUUGGUCAAGUUCAAGCAAUGGUGGCCUGUUGCGGUAAGGCACCGCGGGAAGCACUAAUCGAGGCAAAGCCUCUCGAAAAGCCGCUCGAGGGCACAGAGGCGAGCCACACCGGUGCAGUAAGCAAGCCCCCAGGAGCUGUUAAACAAAAAGUGAAAGCACCCGUAGUCACUGCAGCAACACCAGCCCACAAGCCUGUUACAGAGUUAUGAAGGCGGGUGGCUGCAUGAUAUUAAAGUAUUCUGCAGGUUUCAUAGUAAUACCAGCAGUCAGGAGCUUGUUGAGUUUUCUCUUUGAACUUCUUACGCUGACUUUUUUCUGGUACUCGUUGCAGCCGCCGAAAACAGAAUAGUUCUUGUUUGCGAAAUGACAGAAUGAAUAGGAUACUUAUAUAAAGCUCUAAUGCUAUCUUCUGAGGCACCCGCUGCUGUCGCACAACCGACGCCCGCUAUUGUGGAUGCCAAAGCGCUCGUCGAAGGUAGCGAACAAUAAUAAUGAGCAGUAAUUUUGUUGCGGCUUCUACUGCUGGAGAACAGAAUCAUAGAAUUAUUUCGCUACAAGAACUACUUCUGAUAUAUAAUAUUCUUUUUGAGUUUUUUGAAAUCCCACCACACACUGACACAGAAAGCCGUCUCGAGCCAGAGGAAGAACAUUUGACGCCAGUCCUCGCUAGCGGAGUUGUAUUCUUGCUCGUUCUUGUUAUCUGCGACUUAGUUAAUCGCGAGCAUAUUAUCUACUAAUUCUCUCUUUCCCAUUACUGUCACUGAUAUUUAGGAACUGUUACUUAGGCCUUCUAAGCUUUAUCGAGAUAUUGUUUUCCUCCUAAGGCUAUCAAUGAGUAGCUAUAUUCAACUUCUUUGCAUGUAUUUUGUACAUCUACGUGCUUAAAAAUCUGAUGUCGUUGCUAUUAAAAUACCUUCACAGGGGGUGGGAGAUAAUGAGUUGAUCGUCUCACAUGGCCCGAUGUUCUCGCCAGUUGCGGCCCCGCUAGAACUUGUCACGCCGCUUGAACAAGCAGAGGAAACAAGCCCAUUCUUCGCUUUGAGCGGCGUGCAUCUCACAGGCCUCCUUUUAAGGCAAGUGUCUACUUCCAAUAAGUCGAUGAAUGUGGAUGAUAUGUGAUCUGCCGAAAAAAAAUGUCAGAUAGGUCAUUAAUACUAUUCAUCCAUCUUUUUGUACACAUACGAUUCCGCUCUAAUUUUUUCCAAUUUACGGGCGCACUUACCAACAGUGAAUUUGCCUGCCCCACGCCCGGUUCGACUCGAACUUAAGCCGGUUGCUCUGCCCGCACUAGGUACUUCUACCUCUUUUAUAAACGUCUGCAGGGGGAACAGCAUAUAAUUAUUAUGUCUGCAUAAUGAGAAUAGCAAGCGACCGCCUGUACCUCAUGAUUGAAGAGGAGCAAAAAGCCCUAAAUUGAUUGGCGAGAGAGACACAGCUGCAGGGUAUUAAUUUCCCAAGAUGGAUCACUAUCAGAGCCUUAACAAUCCUAUGCAAGUUGAGAACUACCUUCUCUAUGUAUGGAUGAUGUUUUUUCUCCCCUCUUGUAUUUAGCUAUGCACUUCGAUUUUUCCAUUGGUUUCUUGAAGUCGAUGAUUCCAGAUGAUGAAUAUUGAAACUCACGCAUAAAACCAGCAACCCCGAUGGUGAUGACACCCAGCGCGGAUGAUGGGCCCCGCCUGGUUUCGGCUGAUGGAAACUGGACUCCAGGUACUUCUUACGUACCUAACAAUUUAUUUUUUCUGUCUCCGAAAAAUACUAGUUUCUCUUCGAUAGUGGUGACUCUAUGAUCAUGGUUAUCAGGCCAACUGGUGAAUAUUUCUCCAAAUUCACGCUUUCUCUCAACAUCUCUCUUCAGCUGUGCUUCAUGGACCUCCCAUGACACCACGAGCAACGUCAAGCGCGUUCCUCCCACCUCUUAGACAGAUUAGUAUUCCUGGUCUGGACACGUCGCGAAGCUACAUCGGGUCCGUCACUCAGAAAAUUAUGAUCGAAGGUUUUGAAAAGGGACUGUGUUCUCCCCUCGUCUCAACGAUGUUAAGAAUUAUCUGUUUAAUCUUCCUCGUCAUCGUUCGAGUACAUUGAACUUUUAGAUCGUCAGAGCUUGAAAUUAUUUCCUACGUGAUUUUUGCAUAAAAUCUUCGUCUAAGAUGUGUUUGGGUUACGUUGCAGGGAAAGCGAGUGCAGUUCGCCACGGAGUCGGAAAUGUCAUCAUCAGAACAACGACUUCGCACAGUAUCGGCGGGGUCUCGGUCACUCAGUCCAACGUCGCUUCGCCGGCAACUUAUGGUGAAACAAAUACUGCCAGAUCUCGUCUCUAAGGUAAGCACGAACGCUAACAACAGAGACGACAGAAAGCAUCUAGCCGAGUAGUUGGAUUUUCAUCGACCGAACAGUUGAUGAAAGUUAGAACUCCUGCAAAAGAUGCUUUCUUCUACUUCUUCAUUACAAGGCAGUCCCGGUAGCUCAGCAGACGACGACCAAAGAAAUUGUUGCAGCAGGCGGUGUCGACGCGGCCGAGAUGUGGACUGAGCCGGUUGAAGAAGAAGCCGCUGCAACCGCUCUAGGAGGAAAGCUUUGGAAUAAAAACAAGUAUCAGCGUCCAGGCUUGAUCUAGCUGCACAUGCCCCAUAAUUGGGAAAGUAUCGAUUUUGGUUUUGGCAUUUUCGAAAAACAUUUUGCAUCAAAAGAAAGUUCUGAUAGGUCUCUUGAAUUAUCUUUUCUUCAAUGCCGCUUCUAGUUGUGGUUGAUUUAUCUAACAUUCGCUGAAGAGGAAAAGGAUACAUCUGCGCCCGCCCCACUGGCCACCGAGGACGCAAAACCGGAGCCGGUUGUAGAAGAGAGCGGUGAGGCUGUGGAAGCAACAGAAGCUGUUGUUGAAGUAGCCGAAGCUGUUGUUGAAGAGGCAGAGGCAGUUGUUGAAGGUGAAGCCGAACCGGCAGUUGCCGAAGGAACAGAGGAGGCCGUGGAAACGACUGAGUUACGAGGAGAUACUAUUUUUUUACAAUAGUCACCUGCACAAGCAUAGGUUGUAAGUUUUUUCACGAAACAACUGACUCAGUCGGGAAUUUGAUACCAUAGUACUAGACUUUUGUUACUAAAAAGCAUUUCUGACUACCAGUUUUUUCUAAUUCAAACCGUAGUUGACGCAGCCGGAGCCGAAGUGGUUGACGCAGCCGAAGUGGUUGAAGAAGCCGACCAGCAGGAAGAGGAGGUAGCAGACAAAAACGUAGAGGUCACCGUCAGUGUAGAGAACGUGGAAUUACUCGACCAAAUCGCCGCGGAGAUGUCGACGCUGACGGAAGAGCCGGCUGUGGUUAAGAACUGAAACCUAGUGGUAUUCAUUGUUUCAUCUUCGUAAACCGAGAUUAUUUCUCUAGCUAAUGUUCAUGCAACAGGAACAGGCACCUGCAGGGUUUUGCAAUAAUUGAACUGGCUCUAAUGACACCACUACGGAGAGCGUCGUCGUUGAGCCCGAAGCCGCAUAG